CAUUUCUUAGAAGCAAAGUUCGUUCAUCCUGCCUAGUCGCAGUUGACACUGCCCACCGAAAUUUUCCCCAUACUACAUACAGACUUACGUACAGAAUUGUUUGUUUGUGUUGUGAUUGAAUUCUGAGUUUCGUUGUUAGGGUUUUGAAUCUUAAUUUUUUUUUGAAUCGAUGAAGCCAAUAAGGCUACCAGAACCGCCCAGCCCCACCGUGGGCGUUCCGGAGAUCUUUGAAGGCGGCCCUUAUAGUGUCAUCAGGCGAGCAGUCGUCAUCGGCAACGGCUUCCCAGGUUCAGAGAAUCAGAGUCUCGGCCUGGUUCGGGCUCUCGGCCUCUCAGAGAAGCACGUUCUUUAUCGAGUUACAAGACCAAGGGGAGGAAUAAAUGAAUGGCUGCACUGGCUUCCAGUUUCUUUUCACAAAAAACUAUAUAUUGUCAUAAGGAAGAUCUGUUCUUACUCGCAAAUUUUGUUAGCAGCCCAUGAGAAGAAAUCCACACCUUUAACAUUACAAAAUGGGGGUAAUACUGGUUUGGCAUCUGUUCUGGAAGCAGACGUGAAGCAGAUUGUAAACAUGGCGCGAGAGACUUAUGAAAAGGAUGGCCCUUUAUUGGUGGUUGCAUCUGGCAGAGAUACCAUAGCUGUUGCAAGCUCUAUAAAACGUUUAGCCUCUGAAAAUGUCUUUGUGGUUCAGAUACAACAUCCGAGGACGCAGCUUAAUAGGUUUGACUUGGUGAUCACUCCUCGUCAUGACUAUUAUCCUUUAACUCCUCAAGCACAGGAGCAGGUUCCAAGAUUCCUUCAAAAGUGGAUUACUCCACGUGAGCCGCCUGAUAGGCAUGUGGUCCUCACGGUGGGAGCUUUACAUCAAAUUGAUUUUGCUGCACUUCGUAAUGCAGCUAGUGCAUGGCAUGAUGUAUUUGCAUCUCUGCCAAAGCCCUUGCUUGUGGUUAACAUUGGAGGGCCUACAAGCUGCUGCAGGUAUAGUGUGGACCUUGCAAAGCAGUUGACAGCUCAUUUGCACAAUGUUCUUGAAAGUUGUGGAAGUGUCAGAGUAUCCUUCUCGGAUAGAACACCUAAAAAGGUUUCGGACAUCAUAAACAGAGAACUUGGAAGUAAUCCAAAAGUUUACAUCUGGGAUGGUCAAGAACCCAAUCCCCACAUGGGCCAUUUAGCUUGGGCAGAUGCUUUUGUCAUCACAGCAGAUUCAAUUAGUGUGUUGAGUGAGGCUUGCAGUACUGGAAAACCUGUGUAUGUUAUGGGAGCUGAGCGUUGUACGUGGAAGUACUCAGACUUCCAUAAGUCUCUGAGGGAGCGAGGAGUGGUUCGACCAUUUACAGGUUCCGAGGAUAUGUCAGAAAGUUGGAGCUAUCCUCUGCUGAAUGACACUGCGGAGGCAGCUAGCCGGGUGCAUGAAGCCCUCAUGGGGCGAGGAUGGAGAUUGCGGCCAUAGGGAUCUUGCUCAUAAUUGUCAUAACCGCAUUUUGAGUUCCAUUCUUUCAAAAUUUAGAGCUGUCCAAUGGUUUUGUAGAUGAACAAGUGCUGUAAGUAUACAUGGGUUUCAAUUUAUUCUUUGUCCGUCAAGGAUAUGGAUAGGGUAUACCUAUAAUAACGGUUAGCUCUAUUGUUGCGGCUUGUAAAAUAGGAGAGAGCUGGCUGUCACUUCUUUGGCAGUUCUACUGAAAUCCCUUUUGAUGGAUUCAUCCGGUAUAAAAUUAUGUGUUUAUAGUGUUGUUACCAAUUUUGUUUAAUUGGACGAGUGUAUUGUACUAUGUUUUGAUAUACAAGGUGAAAGAACUUGAUGAGA